AAUCAUGUAAACUUAGAAAAAAAUAUCUAAAGUUCUGCGUAACUCUGCAUGCAUACAAGUUGCACGAAUUAAUGAACUCUUGGUGUUGCUUUGUUGAAAAGUGAACAGGAUCUGUGAAGUGUUAACUUCAUGUGACUGCUUAAGUGUUUGAAAUGAUACCAGGAUUGACAAAUAUUGAAGGAUACAUUAACAUAUCAUACAUCCUAAAUGUUAAAAUCUAUUAUUACGUUUAAUAUAAACUAGUGAGCAUUCAUUGGUGUUACAUCCUAGUUAAAGGAUAAUGAAGAUUCCCGCUUCCGGCAAUCGAAGGAAUACUAACUGAUAAUGGCUUGCAAGCCAAAGACUCGCAUUGCCGUAGCCUGUGGUGUGGGUUGGUUCCUCUUAAUACUCGGCGCAUGUUUGAUUCCAAUUCUGGAAUGGGUAGUGAAGAAGAAAGUGGAAAGGACUGUGAUAAUCAGGACAGACAGUCCGGUGUACGCAUUCUGGCAAGAUCCUCCGGUGCCGAUAUAUCUGCAACUCUACAUGUUCAAUGUGACCAAUCCAAUAGAGUUCAUACAGGAGGGAAAAAGGCCGUUCUUGCAGGAAGUAGGGCCAUAUACAUACAGCGAAAGACGAGUGAAGUAUGAUAUAAAGUUCAAUCCUAACGGAACAGUAACGUAUCGACAAAAUCGAACAUUCCAAUUCAUACUGGAAAAGUCUGGAAAAGGUCUGUCCGAAGAUGAUAUUUACUGCACGGCCAAUCCAGUCUACUGGUCACUGUACAAUGCACUCAAAUACGAGUACCCAUUGGUAAGGGAAACCAUUUACAUCGCAACCCAGUUAUUCGAUGAACAUCCGCUGAUGUAUCGCCCUUUUAAAGAAUUGAUCUGGGGCUAUCACGACCCACUGCUCAACGUUACAAAGGCCAUAGACCCUAAAUGGUUUUACACAGAUUUUAUUGGGUUCUUUAUGAAUAAAAAUAAUACAAAUGAUGGAGUGUACACAGUGUUCACUGGAGAAACUGACAUUAUGAAGCUGGGUACCAUUGAUAAAUAUAAUGGAUCAAGUUACUUGAAUUUUUGGAGCACAGUAUGGGCCAAUAUGAUCAAUGGAACUGAUGGUACCUUGGGCCCGCCAUAUCUUCCAAAAGACACGGUGACGCAUGUGUUUUCAUCUGAUAUUUGCAGGAGUGUCCCGGGCAUGUAUUCGAGAGACGUAAGUUCAAGUCAAGGGAUUAAGCUCUGGAGGUUCAUAGGACCCACUAGUUCCCUGCAAAACGCCACCGAAAAUCCUGACAAUGCUGGUUUCUGUACGCCCAAGGAUAACUGUCUUGGUGCUGGGCUCAAUAACAUCACAAACUGCCAGGGAGUGGACUUUUUCAACCUGCCCUCGGCCACAUCGCUGCCCCAUUUCCUGCACGCUGACCCCCGAUACCUCCAUGCCGUGGUAGGACUGUCCCCCAAUGAAAAGUUGCACGAAACCACCCUUGACAUUGAGCCAUACACAGGUUUGGUCUUACAAGCCAACAAACGACUACAGGUGAAUGUGCAUCUAGAGCCAAUAGCCAAUGUCCCGGAAACCCUCAACAUCACAACUGUAUUCUUGCCAAUCAUGUGGCUUGACGAGAAUGCAGCCAUUGAUGAUGCAAGUGCCAAAAAACUGGAGGAUCUGCUUUUCACACCCUUGAAAUUAAUCCUUGGUCUUGAGAUUGGGUUAAUGGUGCUAGGAGUUGUCGUGCUGACAGCUUCAAUCAUUUAUUGUGUAAAGAAAAAGCUAGAAAACUCGGAGGAAAGAAGGCCUCUGGUCCAACCUAAUGAAUACGUGGAUUAUGAUGCACCGCCUCAAGCUACAGGGGGAAAUACAGUCACCUAUGGCGGAACAAAUCCGAUCUUGACUGGAGGUGGUGAUGGCGAUAAUACUGUUGAUAGAAGCGCUGGGACUGUGAGAAAAGUAUAAUUGUUGUUGACAUUUUUUCAUGUUAUGAACAGGUGCUUCUUAUGCUAAUGCCAGUAACAUUAUUUGUUUUAAUGCCCCAAAUACGAAGACAUAGUUUCCGUUGUGCCUUGUGUCUUGACUGGAGGUGGUAAUGGCAAUAAUACUGUUGAUAGUAGCGCUGGGACUGUGAGAAAAGUAUAAUUGUUGUUGACAUUUUUUCAUGUUAUGAACAGGUGCUUCUUAUGCUAAUGCCAGUAACAUUAUUUGUUUUAACGCCCCAAAUACGAAGACAUAGUUUCCGUUAUGCCUGUGCAUCUGUCAGUCAUUCCGCUGUCUUACUGAUCAGUUUUUUAUCAGUCCAGUUGUUUUAUGUUUGUAAAAUGUAUAAAUAUAUAUGGAAUUUUAAUUGGAAAUAUGCAAUUUAUUCUCUUUCUAUGCAUUCCUCAUCAUAACUGAUCGUAUGUUGUUGUUUAUACAUACAAAUAAGUGUUCUCAUGUGCGUUAUGUUAUGUUAUGGUGCUAAGAGUGAAACCACAAGUGCACUGGGCCGAGAUGUGUCAUUAAAGAAAAUCUUUGUUUAUUUACUGAUAAACAAUCAUGAGAAAAACUUGUUUUGAUAAUACUAUUUUCUUACAACAUAUUCUGCAGUUACUAUGUGAACUACAUUUUACAGUUCAUAUAGUACUUGUUUUUAGUUGUGUAUUGAAUAGAUUAACACUUGGAUUUUUUUUAUUGAUAUAUAGAAAAUGCUUUUUGUCCUUGCCUUUGAAAAUGAAAUGCAGCUAUCAAUAAUUAUUCUAAAUUUUUGGAAAAUUGAGAUGAAAAAAAAAUACAGGUGUCCAAAUUUUUAGAGACACAAAAUACAGGUGUUAGACAAUUUAGAGACACUACAAAAAUAUUGUAUUUACGAUCAAAUAUGUGUAUGCAAUGUGUAAAUAAUAAGUUAUUUUUACAAAUUACAGCAUGUUUAUGUGAAAUACUAAACCGUAUUGUAUAAAUUACUUGUACAUUGUAUAUAUGUUUCACUUUAAGCCGUUGGGUUAAACCAUUAUCUAUUACCCGUAAACAUGUUUUUUUUACCCAAUAACAUGAAUGUUAUAGACAAAUGACUCUAGGCCUUUGCCUGCCAGCUUUAUGACCUUAAUCUGUUUGUAAAUACGUAUUUUAAGUGUCACCAGAUCAGUGCAACAGGGCAGAAUUGUGGUAAACAAAUUGUAAAAUAAACUGUCCAAAAUUUA